CUUUUAUUAGUUCUUGUCUCCGUAAAUACAAAAAUGAAAUGAUAUAUGAAAUAUUGCAUAUUGUUUUUAUUUAUUUACUUUUCGUUUGUUUAUAUCCUCACGACUAUUAUAGUGUUGCCCAAGCAACAAAUUCAUAUCCUAGGCAUUGCAUUUCGUGAACACAAGUACGCUAGCAGCCAUCAAGUAAACAAUGUCGUUUAUGUCUUUUAUGGCAUCUACGGCUCAUGAAUUGUGGUAUAGCCCAUUUCAAAUGUCUAUGAAGGAACUAGAGAAGGAUGAAUUGAACCUUGAGAACCAGGAACUUUCCAUUAAGCAACAUGGAUUUCAAUGGAUACGACCCAUUGGAAUAAAUAAGACUAUGCAGGAACAAGCAGAACUCGGAGAGCGAGAGGCCGAGGCAGGCAAUGUGGACACAGAAAUUGACGAGGAAGAGCUGAGGAGCGAUGACUUUCCUCAGCCAAAUGAGCAGGAAACGCAAGACGUGGAUUUGGAUGCAGACGUUACAAAUGCAGAUGCCUCUGAAUUCUACGACGAAAUGAGUGACUUCGAUUUCCAAGGAUAGGAACCUUCUAGCUGUAUUUUUUGUAUUUCAGUAACGCCCUAAAAAUCAUGAUGGUGAUUUGAGAGAUGGGUAUGAACGAAUCCCUUGACGAUCGCUUCUUCGAUACUUGUCAAUGGGUCCUUUUAUGUACUGCAUGCUAUCCAAUUAAUGCCUGAAAAGCAGAAUCGGCUUUUGAAAGAAUUCUUCUAAAAAUGAACAUGUUUUUCACCAAUUUUAUUAUUGUUACCACCACUAUUUCCUGUUUUUAUUUUUAUUUUUGCGAAUGUUGAAUGUUUUGGAUUUACCGAAGACUAGUGCAAUUUACCGCAAAACAAUCUUUCCUGAUACACGAUGUUUUGGGCAUACAUCAUUUGGAUUUUUCUUUGCAUUACAAUUUUUCAACGUUGAGGGGCUUUUCUCUAGACAUACUU